GCCGCCGCGGCAGUCUUCUGUCGAGCUUUCUAAUGACCUCAGGCGUUGUGUGCUGCACGAUAAAACGGUUUCCAUCCCCUAUAAACCGGUAAAAACCCCUGUGAUUGAAGCACCAACUGUUUCUUGUGUGGAAAACCUCAACAGUUAAGGAGAGGCGCGUUUCGGCCGGACUUCGAGGCUGCAUCACAAAAAUGGACUCUAAGUGUUGAAGGAUAACACUGUUUUGCAAUUAGCUGGGACCGUGUCAGCGCAAACAAAAGCCUUUAGGUUUAAUAAUGAGGGACCUGUAGUAUAAAACGAAACAGAUACAAUAAUGUAAUUAUGAAAAACAAUGUAUGGGUCGUGGAGGGGAAGAACUGUCAGAAUGUGUUUCAAAUUAUUUCUUUUCUGUUGGUUUUUCUCUCAGUUUGCCGAAUUGAAAAUACCAUGGCAUGUCCUGACUUAAUUGACAAUGAUAAAUGUUUGUGUUAUACUUUUGAAGAUGCUACAUUUUUAGACUGUCAAGAUACAAUCUUAAAAGAUGUCAAGAGCGCACUUCAAAGUGUACCGCGUAUACAUACAUUUUCGAUAUAUGACCUCGAUACUAACGAAGAAGAAUUGGGACCACAUUUCAUACCACAAAACGCUUGUAUAAAGCACAUACAUAUAUCGAGAACAAGCUUAAAAAGCUUUGACGACGAAGUCUUUGUACCGAUAAAAAAGUGCCUUGAAACUCUAACUAUUGUAUCGAGCAAAAUUAAGUUGAUACCAUAUAAAGCCAUUUCUGGUAUGCUAAAACUCAUCUCUAUUGAGUUAACAUCUAACAUUAUAGAGGAAAUACCAAACUACAGUUUCUAUGGCCUUCCAUUGAUGAAACUGAAUAUAAAAGGCAAUAUGAUACAGCAAAUUCUUGAAAAUGCCUUUUCUGGCUUGGAACUAACCCUCAGAGAAAUCGACUUAAGCGAGAACAACUUAACGGCUUUUCCGUUCUCAUCGAUUGCAAAAUUAAAAGCUCUCCGCUCUUUAAAACUAGCUUGGAACGAAAUUUCUUUGUGCCCGAAUGUCGAAGACAUACAAUUAAAAUCCCUAGAGUAUUUAGAUUUAAAUUCUAAUAAUUUUGAACUUAUUUCGGAAGACUGCCUUAAAUUUAGUCCGUCCCUGGCGAUAUUAUCGUUUCAUUUUAACUUUAUUAAGAACAUUCACUACCGAGCUUUUAAUUCUUUAAUUAAUUUGAAAUCAAUUGAUCUCAGUUAUAACCGAAUAAAAAUUCUAAAUAGCAACCUAUUUCAAAGUAAUAAACUAUUAGAGUCCAUAAAUUUAAGUCAUAAUCAUCUGCACCAUAUCAACGGACUCCUUUGUAACAUGCCCUCGUUGACGAAAGUAAUAUUAAGUAGUAAUAAUAUACUUGAAGUGCCAAUAGAUUCCUUUCACAAUUCAACGAAAAUUAGUAUUUUACACUUGGAUAAGAAUUGUAUUAGUAACAUAAACAGUGAGAGUUUUAGUGAUUUGGAAAAUAUAGUAGAGCUGCGUUUAGAUUCUAAUUACUUAAAUGACGUGCCACAUAGCAUUUUUAUAAAUAAUGACAAUUUAGGGAUCUUAAGACUAGACAAUAAUAAUUUUAUAGACUUUAAUAAUAGCACAUUCGUGGCUUUGGUGAUUUUAAAAGAAAUUAGACUUAAUAAUAAUAAGCUCACCUUCAUAUCUAAAAGUCUCUUUAUAAGUUCAAUCAAAACACAGGAUAUAUAUUUGGAUCAUAAUCAAAUAAGUUUUAUUGAGUCCCGUGCGUUUGAAAAAAUGAAGAAUUUAAAAUAUAUUUCUCUUAAUAAUAAUAAUCUAAUAAAUAUACAAGAAGUUUUGCCAAAAAUGAGCUCAAAACUGCUGACACUAUAUUUGCAUGCAAACAAGCUUUCCUCUGUGAAUACUUUUGAAAAUGAAGACAGAAUAUAUUAUCUUACUUUAAAAGAAAAUCGUUUAAAAUUUAUAACCAAACAUACUUUCGGAAAUUUGACUUUUUUGGCAAGAUUGGAAUUGGCCAAUAACGAAAUUUCUGUUAUUAACGACUUUUCAUUUCAACGUUUAAGCUCAACGCGAUAUUUAGACCUUCAAUAUAAUCAUAUUAAAAAUGUCACCAGUUUUACAUUUAUUGGCUUAAGCGAGUUAGAAGAUUUAGAUAUCUCACAUAAUAAAAUUAAUUAUAUUUAUAAUAUGGCUUUUGAGCAUUUAAAGAAAUUGAGGAGCCUGAAUUUAUCUUAUAAUCCGCUUAAAAUUCUUUACAAAAAUCUAUUCCAACAACUACCAUUAAGUUCAUUGUAUUUAGAUUUUUGCGAAAUACAAGUUAUAGAAAAUGGCACUUUUGAUGGCUUGAAUAAUUUAAAAGUGCUCACACUUAAUAGUAAUUUCUUAAAAUCAAACGAUCUCCUAGCACUAGACGUAGCAGGUUUGAAGAUGUUGUCCUUAUCCCACAACAUUCUUGACUACUUACCAGUAGAUGCCUUUGCACAGCUACCAUUAUUAGAAAUAUUAUUUUUGGAACAUUGUAAUAUAGAAGAAAUAGUUAAAGGAACAUUUAGGUAUAAUAAAAACCUGCUAAGGCUUAACUUGGCUCAGAAUAUUUUAAGCAAACUCCCGACUCAGCUUUUUGGUCCGUAUAAUUCGGUUUCAGAGUUGAAUAUUAGCAACAAUUUCCUUGAUUAUAUGCCAUAUAAUACUCUCAAUAACUUAACGCUUAUAGAAACAUUAGAUUUUGCCGAUAAUUUAUUACCAAAAUUAGAACUUACUGGAUUAGACGUACUUUCAAAACUGAAAUACUUAAUAUUACGAAAAAAUGAAAUUCAAGCAAUAACAUCUAGUCGAAAGGUAUUGCUCAGUGAAUUACUCUUACUAGAUAUUAGCUGUAAUAAAUUAAAGUAUUUGCCAAACCUUGUAUUAGAAAACUUUCCCCGCAUUCAGAAUAUAAAUGUUUCAAAUAAUAAUAUUCUUAACUUCAAUUUUUUCUUCUCUUACAAGAAAUUUGGAUUAUCGCUUAUCAAUAUCGACCUAAGUAAAAAUCCAACAUAUAACUGGUCACGUUCUAGUAAAUUUAGUGAUAAUACAUUAAUUGCAAACUUUUACGAAUUACAUAUGAGCACAACGAAUCUUACUAACAUAGAGGACAUAGAUUUUGGCCUACUUAUUAGUUUACAACAUUUAUAUUUAACAUACAAUAAAAUAAGACGUCUCUCUGUAAGCCCAUUUUCAAAGUUAAUCUAUUUAGAAAAGUUAUAUUUAAGUUACAACAGAAUUACUCAUUUGAAAACGAGCAACUUUCGUGGGCUUGUCAAAUUAACGGCAUUAUGCUUGUCUCAUAAUAACAUUGAAUCAAUGGAUUCGUUUGAUGAAGAUUUGGCGAAUUUGAAACUUUUGGAUCUUUCCUAUAAUAAAUUACAAAAUAUAUUGAAUGACGAUUUAAUAAAUUUACACGAACUAACAGUACUUUAUUUAGGUUAUAAUAACAUAAAAUAUAUAUCAGCAACCGCAUUCAAAAAUUUGAAUAAAGUUGUUCAAAUAGAUUUAGAUCAUAACAAACUUCAAACUAUACCUCUAGAGCUUUUGAAUUCUAUUGAAAAUCAUAUUCAAGGAAUUAGUAUGAAAGAUAAUGUAAUUAUAUGUCGAUGUCAGAAGAACAACACAUGGACGUGGAUUCAAGACCACCCGAAAAUUAUAGAACCAAAUUCCGUGAAAUGCUUGAACAAUGAAUAUCCUAAUGGGAAAUGUAAUUUUCCUCUAAUUGCGCAGAUGUCGGUUGAUAAGCAUAAUGACGGCUCAGUUUCCGUUUCAUGGUUUAUAAGGAAUCGAACAUCAAUAAAAGUUCUACAGAUUAUGUAUUAUGAUGAAGAGGAAUCAUCUGAGGUAUAUUCAAAAUUCAUAAGCAGAAAUGAAACUUCGGCUGCUUUAGUUGAAUUGAAUAAAAAUAUGAAUUACGUAGUGUGCCUUCUAGCUCUUUAUGAAACUCCCAUAAAUUAUGACGAGACAAUCGAAGGAUUACCAGGAAAUGUAACAGAUAUUAACUUAAAUAGUUUUAUAAAAAUUAACCGAAGUAUUUCUGAAACAAUCAUUACUCAAUCUACUACAAGUGAAUGUUUACCAUUUGAUACUUAUAAAAAACAACUUUCUGCAAAAUCAAACAAUAAAGUCUAUAGAAUAUCAUCUAUUCUGAAUAGGCGCCUCGGUCUUAUUGUAGGUUGUUCAUUAGGCGUCGUAGUCUUCUUUAUUAUGGUCUCAGUUUUAUUGUAUACAAAGAUUAAAGAAAGAAAAAGAAUCGCUAAGUCCGACCCAGCGUGGUCGGAAAUGAAUGAUUACCAUUCAAUUCAUAGUAAAGAAGAUAUUUUACAAUGCUCUAAUACAGCCUCUACUGAUAACAUUUUGUUAGGAAUGUCGAAGAGUCGUUAUACUUCUGUAGAUAAAAUAAAAUAGUUUAGACUAGCACAGUCUUAUUUCGUAGGCAAUAAUUAAUAUCACUAGAAGCUUGCCUGCUUUAGACAUAGAGCGCAUUCAAUAUAUUUAUAAUUGUUGUUCUUACAUAGAGUUAUUGUAAUAGUUGUAGAUAAAAGUUAUAUACUCAAUAAAAUUGUUGCUCAAU